AUGUAUCAAAGUACUGCAUCAGUGAAUCUGCUUGCAUUGUACUGCGCUACACAAGCUCGAGCGCAUACUACUGCUCCUGGUGCCCCUCCCACUGGAUACAACUCAAGUGCGUCGGCGGUUCUGGCAGUCUGGCUUAUCUUCCAAACGUAUCUGGUCAACUCGCUUCGAAGUGCUCUACCCCAAUUCCAGUUUCCAGUAAUAAUCUACAUGAUCUUUACUUGCGUGUCAAUGACCUACGGCACCCAGUUCCUCACUGUGACUUAUGCCAUCUCAUUCAUGGAACGACUCCUCGAGGCAUUUCUCAUGGGUUUCGCUUUGGCCACUGGAGUCAGCCUUUUCGUGAUACCGAUGUCUUGCAGAACGGUGGUCUUCAAGCAGAUGGCAGGAUAUCUCAACUUGAUGGGAGGACUGCUGAAAGCGCAAGCUGCUCACUUGGAAAGUCUUGAGACUUGGGAUCCUGAGCAGGCAAUCCAGCAUGAACACGCUGAGCGCGAGAAGAAGAAGAAGGACCACAAAGGCUCGACCUCUCCAGGCGAAUUCAAGAUCAUGAUGGUCACGCCCCAAGGGAAAGCUUUGAAGGCUUUGCUGCUUAAGAUAUAUGCUACCUACGGACAUCAAUUUUGCCAAGCGAGAGAUUGCGAUUGGAAUGCUAUCUGCGAAAGACAUCACCGAGCUAUGGAAGAAGAUGAGAGUGACCUUGAUUCCAGUCGUGGGUCUCAGCUCCCAGAAUCUGCUGGCUGGUCAGAAGAGCAUCCCGACGAGAUCAACCUGAAGGCGCGCCGACGCCAAAUUGACAAUCUACAUCAAUUAAUGAAGAAGCUGCAGAAGCCUGUUCAGAAUAUGAGUGGCAAUAUCAACUUGGCGUUUCAGCAUGCUCUCAUCGUAUUGGAGCUCACCAAAGCGCCAAAGAAGAAGUCAGACGAGGAGAAUCAAGCCGGCGAGCAACUUCCAGGUAGCCCGGGCUUUGCCGAAGCCUAUCGAAAGCGACUGGAGGACAUCUUCCAACGCAAGAAACAGACCCUUCGCGAGUGGUGUGCACAGCACGAGAUCGAUCUGCCUGCAGGCUUCUUUAAAUCGACCUUCAUCACACCCGAGCAGCUCUCUGUCACCGACGAGCAUGCCAGGGAGGGAGAUCAAAGACAGCUCUUCUUCGCUCUCUACAUCGAUCACCUGCUUCACAGAGCAGGCCAGGCAGCACUUGAGCUCGUACUAUUUGCGGACAAGAAGAAGCAGGAGGUGCCUGGGACAAAGACGUUGAAGAAGUGGGCCUACGCAGCUUUCGGAAGAGAAGACUACCACGAUGAGGACAACUAUACUGCAGAUCUUGACUCUGCCGGAACGCGAGUCCCUCGCAAUGCUUGGGAACGAUUCGGUGAAGUCAUUCGACUUAUCCCUCGAGCUUUGAGAAGCGAUCAUUCAGCAUUCGGUCUCAGGGUUGUGGCCGCAACCAUGACAGUCGCUAUAAUAUGCUUUUUGCGCGACACGCAGACAUGGUUCCUCCGCAACAGAAUCCUGUGGGCGAUGAUCAUGGUUCCAAUCAGCAUGACCAGGACUGCCGGGCAAAGCACUCAAUCAUUAUUCAUCUUACGCAUCCUCGGAACUCUCCUCGCCAUGAUUGCUUCACUCCCGGUCAUUCUACAUCCCGAUCAAAUUCAAAAACCUCAUAAUAUAAUCGGCGUCAUCUCCAUCGUCACCGCCAUCCUAAUCAUCGGCUACGAACUCCAAAAAGCAACGGCCAACCCGCCUACGAAACCCUACCUCUUAGCCCCCUACCGUCUCGCCACCGUCUGCGGCGGUCUCGCCGUCGCCUACAUCUGGACAAUAUUCCCCUGCCCAGUCUCCGAAUCCACCGAACUCCGCAAAGACAUCGGUGCCUCCCUCUACCUCCUCGCAAACCUAACCUCCAUUAACCCACGAAACCGUCAAAUCCCACAUCCUCCUCCUCCUCCAAAAAAAGAACCACCACCAACGUCCGUACCCGUGCCCACUACCUCGAAAAAAAAAUUCCCGUCAAAAAGUCUUCACAAAACUCCUCUCCCUCCUCACCAACCCUCCAAACAAAAUUCCGCCUUCCUCAAAAUUUUCCAACUCCGCGUCGGCGGAAAGAAAAAUUUCCUCGUCGAAGCCCAUCGAACGCGUGACAAAAAUGAGGAUGAGGAUGAGGAUUUCCGGAAAUCUCUACCCCCUUUACGCUCCACGAUGACGUCGCGGAAAUGGACGUCUCUUGACUUUGUGCUCCGUAUUUGGAAGUUCCGGGACGAGGACAUAGGUUUUGUUGUCUAUGGUGAGAUAUAUAUUAUUUGUGCGCAGGGUAUUCGUGAUGAUACUGUGAAGAUUUACGGGGUGAGUUCGAAAUUCGCAGGAUACCGUACCGUGUAUGUGUUGAGAGGAGUGCUGACGAUUACUUAUCACUACUAG